AUGGCCCAGACGAGACAACUUCUGGGAGGUGCGCGCUGGGUGAAAAGAUGUGGCCUCUGCACAUUCCCUCUGCCGAAGGAAAUGGCAGAACAGGGCCACAACUUGUGCAACGAUUGUGCCAAGACAGGUCACCCGGCGAAUUUCCAUCGCAGAUCUCGUCUUCAAAGGUCCACCCUUCCACCGGGGGCCGGACACGUUGGCGCCGCACAGGAGCCGCCUCCCGAUGUUUGCUUGGAUCCGCCGCUGACCAGCGGCGUGCCUGCGCCAGCUCUUAGGCGGGAGCUCAGCAGGAAGGCCAGGCGAGCCUUUUCAUGA